AUGCCCAUUUCGACGGCGCGGCAGCAGCAGUUGCAGCAGCAGCAGCAGCAGCAUGGCGCGGCGCAGCACGGGGGAUCCCCCCACUCCAGCGGCGUGGCAGCAUCGCCACUUUUUCAGGCGCCUCAAGAGGCGCCUCAAGAAUCGCAGGAGGGGGGAUCCGUCCAGUCCAGCAGCGAGCGAGCAUCGGCCAUGGUGGAGCACAUCCGGUCCAUGAUCCGCUUCCGCGGCGGGCCCAUCAGCGUCGCCCACUACAUGGAGCAGGCGAGUUGCGCUUUGAUCAAAACUUCGUGCAACCCGCCCUCCCUCUCCGUCCGCCUCCCUCCCCCGUACGCGCGCUACAUUCUACCCCAUGCAGGUGCUAACGAGCAGCAGCGCGGGCGGGUAUUAACGAGCAGCAGUGCGGGCGGGUAUUACAUGCAGCGGGACGUGUUCGGCAGGGAGGGCGACUUCAUCACGUCGCCUGAAAUCAGCCAGAUGUUCGGCGAGAUGGUGGCGGUGUGGGCGAUGAUGGCAUGGCAGCAGCUGGGAGCGCCCCCUCGAGUGCACCUGGUGGAGCUGGGGCCAGGCAGAGGGACGCUCAUGGCCGACCUGCUGCGCGUGAGUCGUGGGAUAGUGGUGUUCUUAACUCCCCUCUGCCUCCUCACUGGCUUCCCUCCCCCAGUCGUCCGCCAAUUGUUCACACGCCCCCUUCAAAAGGGCGGUGGAGGUGCAUCUGGUGGAGGUGCAUCUGGUGGAGGUGCAUCUGGUGGAGGUGCAUCUGGUGGAGUCAUCCGCCAAGUUCACCCCCUUCAGUGCAGCAGUGGAGGUACAUCUGGUGGAGAAACAGCGGCAGCAGAUGUGGCAUUCCCAGGGACGGGAGUGUCGGGGCUGAGUGGAGCCACAGUCACAUGGCACUGUGCUCUGGAGGACGUUCCUGAGGGAGUGCCCACCAUCGUCAUCGCACACGAGUUCUUUGACGCCCUGCCCGUGCACCAGUUCCAAAAAACGGAGAGAGGGUGGUGUGAGAAACUGGUUGAUGUGGCAGAACUGGACAAAGAAGGCCAUCCAUCUGAAGCCCACUCCAACCCGAGCCAUGCACAAAAGGACACCAGUGGCCAUCCAUCUGCCGACUACCCUUUCCGUUUCGUCCUCUCCCCCGGGCCGACUGCGGCAAGCACUCUUUGUCUUCUUCCUCGCAUGCAAUGGGCUCCACCGGAGGAGCGGGCGGCAGCCGUCCACGUGGAAGUUUGUCCUAUAGCAGUGAAGAUUGCGCUGCAGAUCACGGAGAGGGUGGCGAGAGACGGUGGGGCGGCGCUGAUAGUGGAUUACGGGGAGGACAGAAUGAUAUCAGACAGCCUUCAGGCCAUACGCAAGCAUGAGUUUGUGAAUGUGCUGGAUGCGCCUGGCUCGGCGGACCUGAGUGCCUAUGUGGACUUCGCUGCCCUCCGCCAAGCCGUCACCGACUCCAACUUGCCGGCUCGGGCAUAUGGCCCGAUCACCCAGUCACAGCUGCUGGGGCGGCUGGGCAUCAACUUUCGAGUGGAGGCGCUGCUGCGAGUGGCGUCGGAGCAGCAGGCGGAGGCUCUCAGGGACGGGUACUGGCUCCUCGUGGGCGAUGGGGAACCCCCGUGGCUCGAUGAGGACGAUGAUGAGAGGGAGGGCGAGGAGGGGGAGAGAGUGGAGAGGGAGGGGGAGGCUGCCGGCUUUGAUCUGAUCCACGGUCACGCCGUCCCAGCUGAAGAGUUUUCGGCGCUCCACCCUCUGCGGGGACACGGCGGAGUCCGCGUGGGCGAGCGCACGGCGGGCGACGCCGCGCGUGGCGGAGGGGGAUGCGUGAAGGACGGGCCGCGCGGCGCUGGCGCUGGUGACGGCGAGGAGCAGCAGGAAGGCGAGAGGAAGGGGAAGCAGGUUGCGGCCUGA